AUGGCGGGGUCAUCACAACCACCAGGAAGCAUAGCAGAAUGGCGUGUCCAAGCCGAAGCCAUGAAAACAGCCGUGGCAGGCCUACCACCAUUGUCUGCUGCUCGUAAUCCCGGAACCGCAGACGACACCUCCGACUGGGACGACGACGACAUCGAACAGGUAGCGGCGGCGGCGUAUGAACCCCGCAACGGGCCCCGCGAUGUGUGGGAAUUCAUCUCGGACGACGAGCUGGACGAGAUCGAUUUCGACAGCGGCGAUUUGUUUGAUGGCGUGGUGGACGGCGGGGAGGAAGCUUCUGGUAGUGGUGUUAGUGGUGGUGGUGUUUUUGAUGUGCACUGGCUGGCUGCGCGAUGCGUGGAUAUCUCAUCGCGCAAGUCGGGUUUGUCGCCCGGUGCGCUGCAGGAGCAGAUCUUGGAGAUUUUGGGGGCGAGUCGGCCGGAGGGGGAGUUGCAGUCGUUGUUGACGGAUUUGGUGGGGUUUGAUGAUUUGGAGUUUGUCAUUGACCUGGCUACUCAUCGGGCAGCGCUUGUUGCUUCGGCGGCGUCGGAGCGGUUGCGCGAUGAGUCGGCGACUGGUCAGGCGCCGCGGUUGUUGACUAAGGCGCAGAGGCAGGAGGCGCUGCGACGGAAGGAUUUGGAGCAUAAAGCGAACCCCCUGGCUGCGGCGCGCGAGAAGGAGGAGGAUUACCCGCAUGUUUACAAGAUGUACCAUGCGGGCAACACCAUCAGCCACACAGGGUCGCGGUAUAAGUUGCCGUUUGGUAGUCAGAGGUCGGAGUUUGAAAAGUACGAGGAGUACACGAUCCCCGCGGGGAAGCCGGGUGCGUUGUGGCCGGGUCAGACGCUGGUCAAGAUUUCGGAUAUGGACGGGCUGUGCCGGACUACGUUCAAGGGGUACAAGACGCUCAACCGGAUGCAGAGCCUGGUGUACCCCGUCGCAUACAAGACGAGCGAGAAUAUGCUCAUCUGCGCCCCGACAGGUGCCGGUAAAACGGAUGCGGCCAUGUUGACGAUUCUGCACACGAUCGGCCAGUACCUGACGCCGAGUCCCGUUGAGGACCAUGUGGCCACGGACUUUGCGGUGGACGCCGAGGACUUCAAGAUUGUGUAUGUCGCGCCGAUGAAAGCACUCGCGGCUGAAAUCACGGAGAAGCUGGGCAAGCGGCUCGCGUGGCUGGGGCUACGCUGCAGGGAAUACACGGGCGACAUGCACCUGACCAAGUCGGAGAUUGUGCAGACGCAGGUCAUCGUCACGACGCCGGAGAAGUGGGAUGUUGUGACGAGAAAGGGGACGGGCGAUACGGAGCUGGUGCAGAAGGUGCGGCUGCUCAUCAUCGACGAGGUGCAUAUGCUGCACGACGAGCGAGGCGCAGUGCUGGAGUCGUUGGUGGCCAGGACCCAGCGGCAGGUCGAGAGCACCCAGUCGCUGAUUCGUAUUGUUGGACUCAGCGCCACGCUGCCCAACUACAUCGACGUCGCGGACUUUUUGGGCGUUAACAAGAAAGCCGGCUUGUUCUACUUUGACGCUUCCUUCCGCCCCGUUCCGUUGGAGCAGCACUUCAUCGGCGUCAAGGGCAAACCGAACAGCAAGCAGUCCCGGGACAACAUCGACCAGGUGGCGUUUGAGAAGGUGCGUGAGAUGCUGGAGCAGGACCACCAAGUGAUGGUGUUUGUGCACUCUCGGCGGGACACACAAGCGACGGCCAAGAUGCUCCAUGAGAAGGCGGUCGAUGAUGCCUGUGUCGGGCUGUUCGACCCCAGCAUGCAUGAGAAAUACGAGAUGGCGAUCAAGGAUCUCAAGUCGACCAAGUCGCGCGAGCUCCGGGACCUGGUGCCCAAGGGCCUGGGCAUCCACCACGCGGGCAUGGCGCGGUCCGACCGGAACCUCAUGGAGCGGCUGUUCGGUGAGGGCGUGAUCAAGGUGCUCUGCUGUACGGCCACGCUGGCGUGGGGCGUCAACUUGCCUGCCGCAGCGGUCGUGAUCAAAGGCACGCAGGUGUACAGCGCGCAGGACGGCAAGUUUGUGGACUUGGGAAUCCUGGACGUGCUCCAGAUCUUUGGUCGAGCGGGCCGGCCGCAGUUUGAGGAUACCGGCAUCGGCAUGAUCUGUACGACGCACGACAAGCUGGCGCACUACCUCACGGCGGUGACGGACCAGCUGCCGAUCGAGUCGCGGUUUUCAGCGAAGCUGGUGGACAACCUGAACGCGGAGAUCGCGCUGGGGACGGUCAACUCGAUCUCGGACGCGGUCAAGUGGAUCGGGUACUCGUACUUGUUUGUGCGCAUGAAGCGGAACCCGAUGGCGUACGGGAUCGAGUGGGCCGAGUUCGACAACGACCGGUCGCUGGUGGAGCGACGACGCAAGCUGGCGAUCCAGGCGGCGCAGACAUUGCAGCAGAGCCAGAUGAUCAUCUUCAGUGAGCGGACGGAGGAGCUGCGCAGCAAGGACAUUGGGCGGAUCGCGAGCCAGUACUAUAUCCAGCACACAAGCAUCCAGAUCUUCAACUCGAUGAUGAAGCCGACGUCGGAGGAGCGGGACAUUUUGAUGAUGAUCGCGAUGAGCGGCGAGUUCGACAACAUCCAGUCGCGCAACAACGAGGCGGACGAGCUGACCAAGAUGCGCAAGAACGAGCACUUUGUGCCGUACGAAGUCAAGGGCGGCAUCGACCAGGCGCAUACCAAGACCAACAUCCUACUGCAGUCGUACAUCUCGCGGGGCCAGCCGGAGGACUUUGCUCUGGCCAACGACCUGAACUACGUGGCCCAGCAGGCCGGGCGCAUCUGCCGGGCGCUUUUCAUGAUCGCCCUGAACCGGCGAUGGGGGUACCAGUGCCUGGUGCUCCUGACCAUGGCCAAGUCGAUCGAGAAGCGGCUGUGGGCGUUCCAGCACCCGUUCCACCAGUUCGACCUGCCGCGGCCGGUGCUGAACCACCUGGACGCGCGGGAGUCGCUGGCGAUCGAGUCGAUGCGCGAGAUGGAGCCGGCCGAGAUCGGGAACCUAGUCAACAACUUCAAGAUGGGCCCCAAGAUCGCGAAGCUGCUGGACAAUUUCCCGACUCUAAGCGUCGAGGCUGAGAUCGCGCCGCUGAACCGCGACGUGCUGCGCAUCAAGCUGUACGUCACACCCGACUUCCGCUGGAACGACCACCUCCACGGCACGUCCGAGUCGUACUACAUCUGGGUCGAGAACGCGGACACGUCCGAGAUCUACCACCACGAGUUCUUUAUUCUGAACCGGCGGAAACUACACGACGACCACGAGCUCAACUUCACGAUCCCGUUGUCGGACCCCCUGCCGGACCAGAUUUACGUGCGGGCCGUGUCGGACCGCUGGCUCGGGGCCGAAACGGUGACCGCCGUCUCGUUUCAGCACUUGAUUCGGCCGGACACGGAGAGCGUGUACACGGACCUGUUGAACUUGCAACCCCUACCAAUCUCGGCGUUGAAGAACCAGGCGCUGGAGGAGAUCUACGGGCAGCGGUUCCAGUUCUUCAACCCGAUGCAGACCCAGCUCUUCCACACGCUGUACCACCGGCCGGCCAACGUGCUGCUGGGGUCGCCGACGGGCAGCGGCAAGACGGUAGCCGCUGAGCUGGCUAUGUGGUGGGCGUUCCGCGAGCGGCCGGGGUCCAAGGUGGUGUACAUCGCACCGAUGAAAGCACUGGUGCGCGAGCGGGUGAAGGACUGGGGCGCACGACUAGCACGACCCCUGGGCUUGAAGCUGGUCGAGCUGACGGGCGACAACACGCCGGACACGCGGACGAUCCAGGACGCGGACAUCAUCAUCACGACCCCCGAGAAGUGGGACGGCAUUUCGCGCAGCUGGCAGACGAGAGGGUACGUGCGGAAAGUCAGCCUGGUCAUCAUCGACGAGAUCCAUCUGCUAGCCGGCGACCGCGGGCCGAUCUUGGAGAUUAUUGUUUCGCGCAUGAACUACAUCGCGUCGUCGACCAAGAACGCCGUGCGGCUGCUGGGCAUGUCGACAGCGUGCGCCAACGCGACCGACCUAGGCAACUGGCUCGGCGUCAAGGGCGACGAGGGCCUGUUCAACUUCAGGCAUUCGGUGCGCCCCGUGCCGCUGGAGCUGUACAUCGACGGCUUCCCCGAGGUGCGCGGCUUCUGCCCGCUGAUGCAGUCCAUGAACCGGCCGACGUUCCUGGCGGUGCUGAACCACAGCCCCGAGAAGCCCGUGAUUGUAUUUGUGCCGUCGCGUCGGCAGACCCGGCUGACGGCCAAGGAUUUGAUUAACCUGUGCGGUAUGGAGGACAACCCGCGGCGGUUCUUGAGCAUGGACGAGGACGACCUGCAGCUAAACCUGUCGCGGGUCAAGGACGAGGCGCUCAAGGAGGCCAUCAGCUUCGGCAUCGGCCUGCACCACGCCGGCCUGGUCGAGUCGGACCGGCAGCUGGCCGAGGAGCUGUUUCUCAACAACAAGAUCCAGAUCCUGAUCGCCACCAGCACACUAGCCUGGGGCGUCAACCUGCCCGCCCACUUGGUGGUCGUCAAGGGCACGCAGUUCUACGACGCCAAGAUCGAGGCGUACAAGGACAUGGACCUCACCGAUGUGCUGCAGAUGCUGGGGCGUGCGGGCCGGCCGCAGUUCGACAAUUCCGGCGUGGCCCGCAUCUUCACGCAGGAUUCCAAAAAGGACUUCUACAAGCACUUCUUGCACACGGGGUUCCCCGUCGAGUCGUCGCUGCACACAGUGCUGGACAACCAUCUGUGCGCCGAGAUCUGCGCCGAGACCAUCGUCACCAAGCAGGACGCCCUGGAUUACCUGACGUGGACCUUUUUCUUCCGGCGCCUGCACAAGAACCCGUCGUAUUACGGCUUGGAGAUCGCGGCCGACGAGCACAACUCGACCGUGGCGCAGCAGCUGGCCAACGACUACAUGAUCAGCAUGGUCGACACCUCGCUGGCCGAGCUGACCGAGUCGCAGUGCGUCGAGGUGUACCCCAACGGCGACGUCGACCCGACGCCCCUGGGUAAGAUCAUGAGCUACUACUACCUCUCGCACAAGACGAUCCGGCACCUGGUCAAGCAGGCCAAGUCCAAAGCAACCCCCGAGCAACCCAAACCCAAGGCCUCCUUCCUCGACGCCCUCUCCUGGAUGUGCCGCGCAACCGAAUACGAUGAACUCCCCGUCCGCCACAACGAGGACCUCAUCAACGCCGAGCUGUCGCGCAACCUAACCUUCCCGGGUACCGCCUUCGGUCUGCCAAUGUGGGACCCACACGUCAAGGCCUUUUUGCUGUUGCAAGCCCACAUGUCGCGCAUGACCCUGCCCAUCACCGAUUACGUCGGCGACCAGACCAGUGUGCUGGACCAAGCGAUCCGUAUCAUCCAAGCCAGCAUCGACGUCAUGGCCGAGCUGGGGCAUCUCACCUCCACGCUACAGUUUAUACGCCUACUCCAAUGCAUCAAGUCCACCCGCUGGCUCGACGAGAGCCCGGCCUCCAUCCUUCCCGGCGUCUCUUCCUCCGAUGACGUCCCAUUACCAUCCACGAACACACCAACCCAGCAGAAUAAACACACCCCCCUCAGCGAAAUCGCCAAACUAGCCUCCACCUCCCCUCAAAAACUCACCCACCUCGCCCGCUCCCUCGGAGUCGCCCAACCAACCCGCUUCGCCAAAGCCGCCUCUUCCCUCCCGCACUUAUCCAUCGCAGUCGAAGACCUAAAAACGAAUUCUCUCACCGUCCAGCUACGACGGCUUAACGCCGUGACAGAGCGUGAAGCGAGGAUGUAUGCCCCGCAUUUCCCGAAGCCGCAGACUGAGGGGUGGUUUGUGGUGGUGGGGGAUUUGGAGAGGGAUGAGGUUUGGGCUGUUAAGAGGGUUGGGUGGAGGCCGUCAGGGGCGGGUAAGCAAAGGGACGGGGGCCAGGGGAAGAAGGCGGUUGUGGAGGUGGGGGAUCGGCCGGUUGUUAGGGCUGUUGUUAAGGUUCCGGAUGUUGGUCCUACUUCUGGGAGUGCUGGGGGUAGUGGGAGUGGGAGUGGGAGUGGGAGUGCCGGCAGUCAAAAACCGAGAAAGGUGGAUGUGCUGGUGCUGAGUGAUGGGUAUGUGGGCAUGGAGUGGACGGUGGUACCUGGGGGUGUUGAGUUACCUGACACGCCGAAGGUGGAUGGGGGGGUGGAGAAGAAGGGGGUGUGA